AUGUUGAUUGGCGGUCUUGAGAUAAAACCUGAACCUAAUGUAAAUAUUCUGGUGAUUUUACGUGAUGGUAAAAAUGAGGAGGUAACAACAGACAAUGAGUCAUUUCAUCUCUUGUGUACGAUAUGUGCGUCAAAUGUGACAGAUGAUCAAACAAAGAUUUAUUGGCUACGAGGUAAACCACCCACAGUGCUUCCGGCAGAAUGUACGUUACAACCUCGACAACUUUCACGUAUAACUUUACGAUACUUUAAUGAAAAUCUUGUUCGUGGUAUUGUGUCAUUCUGCUCUAUAGCUCAUAAAAUUCCUGGUCAGAUUGUUGUUAUCGUCGAAUUUAAUGAGAAUGACAUGGCUCAUGAGGAAACACUUCCAGGACUACUUGCGUUACUUACUGAUAUGGGUAAUUAUUACUCGACUGUUUCGAAAGGAGCACAUUUUCUGCAAAAUAUAUUUCCGGUCACUGCUUUAAUUCGAACUUCACGAAUUUAUGAGUUUGGUUUGGUAGCUAGCUUGUACACAAACUGUAUUAUACGCAUUGAGAAUGGAAUACCUAAAAAUAUGUUGGCUUAA